UAAAUAAGGCUUUUGGAUUAUUUUAGUUGAUAAUCAGUUCACAGCGGCAAGGAGAAAGAAACAUCAAUCAAGAAUUUCGUCAAAGGUUUAGGGACUCAAUAAGUGUCUAGGGUUUCUGUUUGUCCCUGUGAACUUUAGGGUUUCUAUUCUAUGGCUGGUAAUUCGGCUGGAGCAAAGCCCAUAUGGAUGAAGCAAGCUGAAGAAGCAAAAAUUAAGAGCGAGGCUGAGAAAGAUGCAGCUGCCAAGGCAGCAUUUGAGGCUACAUUCAAGAAUGUGGAUAAAACCCAAAGGAAGGAAUUGUCUUCCGAAAGUGAAGGUGAGGAUGAUGAAUGGGAAAACUUGGCAAACAAGCCAAUAGGGGCGGUGGAUCCUGCCAAGUGCAUGGCUGCUGGGACAGGGAUAGCUGGUGGGACGGCUUGCUCUCCCUCGUCAUUCACUGUGGUUACAAAGGAUGCCGAUGGGAGGAAAGUGCCCAAUGGUGGAGCUCAGAUCAAGGUUAAGGUAUUGCCUGGACCGGGUGUUGGGGGAUCUGAACAAGACGGGAUGGUGAAGGAUACGGGAGAUGGUACUUAUGCAGUUACCUAUGUGGUUCCAAAGAGGGGCAGUUAUAUGGUGAAUGUGGAAUGUAAUGGAAAGCCCAUUAUGGGUAGUCCAUUUCCCGUGUUCUUCAGUGCAGGUAGCACUACAGGAGGUCUGCUGGGUAUGGCUCCGUCAGUGGCUUUGCCAAAUUUAGUUAACCAGACCAUGCCUAAUAUGCCAAAUUAUUCUGGGUCUGUUUCUGGAUCAUUUCCUGGGGUUCUUGGAAUGAUACCGGGCUUGGUUGCUGGUGCCUCAGGUGGGGUAAUUUUACCUGGAAUGGGAGCUUCUCUUGGUGAAAUUUGUGGGGAAUAUCUAAGUGGACGCUGUGCAAAAACAGAUUGUAAAUUCAGUCAUCCACCCCACAAUUUGCUGAUGACAGCAAUAGCUGCCACAACAUCAAUGAACACUUUAAGUCAAGUGCCUAUGGCACCUUCUGCAGCUGCAAUGGCUGCUGCACAGGCAAUUGUGGCUGCUCAAGCCCUUCAAGCACAUGCUGCUCAGGCACAAGCAUUAGCUCAAUCUUCUAAAAACUCAUCUGGAUCAAUUGAAAGGGACGGAGAAUCUCUUAAAAAAACUCUACAAAUUAGCAACCUCAACCCGCUUCUAACCGUGGAUCAGUUGAAACAGAUUUUUGGUGUCUUUGGCACUGUGGUUGAUUGUUACAUUACAGACUCAAAGCAUUUUGCUUACAUAGAAUACUCAAAACCAGAAGAAGCAACACCGGCAUUGUCUUUAAAUGACUUUGAAGUUGGCGGGCGGCCUUUGAAUGUUGAAAUGGCAAAAACACUUCCACCAAAGCCAGCCUUAUUGAAUUCACAACUUGCAUCAUCUUCACUGAUGAUGCAGCAAGCGGUUGCCAUGCAACAGAUGCAAUUCCAACAGGCCCUAUUAAUGCAACAGACAUUGACUGCGCAGCAAGCAGCAAAUCGAGCUGCAACCAUGAAGACUGCGACAGAGCUAGCGGCGUCUAGAGCAGCUGAAAUUGGCAAAAAGCUAAAAGCAGAUGGACUUGUCAUUGGCGAUAAUGAAAUAGAGACGAAUGUUAGAUCUCCUUCAGCCUCUCCUGCAAAACCGAGGUCCAGAUCACCAAGAUUCAGAUCAAGGUCUAUGUCCAGAUCUCCCGUCACUUAUAGAAGCAGACAGGGGUCCCGCUCAUUCUCACAUCGUUACCAUCAUUACAGAGACAAUAAAUCAAGGUCCCCAGUGAGAUCCAGCCACUACUCUAGCUUUGACUACAAACGUCGAUCCUACAGGGAUAUCAGGAGAGGUGACACUGAUAGGAGGAGAGAUUCAGGGAGAUCAUAUGAACAUCAAUCUUAUUCUUCAAGGAGAAAUAGGAGUCGUAGCAUGAGCCCUCAAAGAAGAAAAUCGCAUAGAGAUGAUAUUGAUUCUCCAAAACAUCAUAGAGAAAGUGCAAAACAUAAGUCAAGUAAGUCUUCUCGUUCAAGAUCACCUGGGCAUCGCACAAGUAGGAGGUUGUCUCCUAGAAAUGAGGAAAGAUCCAAAGAAAGAAAGCCUUCCAGAUCAAACUCCCCAGAUGGUAAGCGUCAAUAUGGUGACAAAGUUGAUGAUAUUGACUCUUCAAAACGUCCUAGAGAAAGUGUAAAACAUAAGCCAAGAAAGUCUUCCCAUUCAAGAUCACCUAGGCAUCGCACAAGUAGGAGGUUAUCUCCCAAAAAUGAUGGAAGAUCCAAAGAAAGAAAGCCUUCCAGAUCAAACUCCCCAGAUGAGCGUCAAUCUGGUGACAAAGUUGAUGAUUUUGACUCUCCAAAACGUCAUAGAGAAAGUGCAAAACAUAAGCCAAGAAAGUCUUCCCGUUCAAGAUCACCUGGGCAUCACACAAGUAGGAGGUUAUCUCCCAGAAAUGAUGAAAGAUCCAAAGAAAGAAAGCCUUCCAGAUCAAACUCCCCAGAUAGUAAUCGUCAAUCUGGUGACAAAGUUGAUGAUAUUGACUCUCCAAAACAUCAUAGAGAAAGUGCAAAACAUAAGCCAAGAAAGUCUUACCGUUCAAGAUCACCUGGGCAUCGCACAAGUAGGAGGUUAUCUCCCAGAAGUGAUGAAAGGUCCAAAGAAAGAAAGCCUUCCAGAUCAAACUCCCCAGAUGGUAAUCGUAAAUCUGGUGACAAAGUUGAUAUUGACUCUCCAAAACGUCCUAGAGAAAGUGUAAAACAUAAGCCAAGAAAGUCUUCCCGUUCAAGAUCACCUAGGCAUCGCACAAGUAGGAGGUUAUCUCCCAGAAAUGAUGAAAGAUCCAAAGAAAGAAAGCCUUCCAGAUCAAACUCCCCAGAUGAGUGUCAAUCUGGUGACAAAGUUGAUGAUUUUGACUCUCCAAAAAGUCCUAGAGAAAGUGUAAAACAUAAGCCAAGAAAGUCUUCCCGUUCAAGAUCACCUAGGCGUCGCACAAGUAGGAGGUUAUCUCCCAGAAAUGAUGAAAGAUCCAAAGAAAGAAAGCCUUCCAGAUCAAACUCCCCAGAUGAGCGUCAAUCUGGUGGCAAAGUUGAUGAUUUUGACUCUCCAAAACGUCAUAGAGAAAGUGCAAAACAUAAGCCAAGAAAGUCUUCCCGUUCAAGAUCACCUGGGCAUCACACAAGUAGGAGGUUAUCUCCCAGAAAUGAUGAAAGAUCCAAAGAAAGACAGUCUUCCAGAUCAAACUCCCCAGAUGAUAAGCAUCAAUCUGGUGACAAAGUUGAUGGAAGCGAAGAAGAAGAGUCCAAGUAUCAUAAGAGAAGGCGGUCCAGGUCUACUUCAAUAGAGCACAAGCGCCAAGGGGAAAUUAGGUUGUCCCCAGUUGUUUCAAAUGGAAGUAAAUCAAAGCACAUAAAGCAUUCUAGGUCUCAAUCUCCAAAAGAAAAACGUCAAACUAGAGAGAAGGGUCGACGUAGAGAUGAGAAAUCAAAGGAUCCUGAAAGAAGGAAGCGCAGAUCAAGAUCUCUAGAUUGUAAACAUAGAAAAGGAAGUAGAAAGUCCCCCGGACAUUCAAAUGAGCAUAAAUCAAAACAUAAAAGGCGCUCAAGGUCAAGGUCAAGGUCAAGAUCAAGAUCGGUAAAACUUGAUAAUGGAGAUCCUCUCGAGCUUGUUGAACCUAGUGAAGAACUUGAUGAUUAUCAAAAUGACUUUGUUUACUCCAAGAAGAAUGCAACAUUGGACACUUUUCCAGACGUUGACAAACAGACCUCCAUCAUAUAAAUGAAAAUUAAGUUCUCAUUCAAAGCAAAAAGUAUUAUAUUGUCUAUGAAAUGUGAUGGCUAUGGAGCUGCUGCCAUCUUUCUUUCUGGUUGACGGAGAAGUACAGAGUCAAGUUGGAAACUAGCAUUGUGGAGGAUCAUUUGGUGUUUUUUGGCACGUGGAAUUUGCUGUAUAUCUUUGAGUAAUCCAUUUUUUUUUUCCCUUCCAUACCAUUACCCCUUCUUUUGCAGGUCUAUUGAGAAUAGAUUGAUUAGGACCAAAGACGGAUUUCAAGAAGUACCCUGCUCUUCUAACCAUGGAUAUGCUGCAGAAUGUUUUUAGCCAACUUCUUAAGCUAAUGGAUGUAUGUUGAGCUAAAUUCUCUGUUGCUUUGUUAUAUAUUAAAUGGUCAUAUGAAUAUGAUGUCUUAAAUUGCUCUCUAUAUUAGAUAGGGAAUGAUAAAUUUUCACUUGUUGUUUUACAAUCCUUUGCAAACACAGGCAAGAUGUUUGUCUACUAAUGGAAAGCUAGAUUGUUUUUGAAUAA